UACCCUCAACUGAACUCUCCCUAUCUGUCCCUUUCGCAAAAUUCCCACUGUUUACACUCUACGAGGCCACUCUCCAUCCCCCCUUCUUCAUUUCAUUUUCCCUUCUUUUUUUUUUUCCCGCAAAGUUUCCCGAGAACCAAUCAUGAAAGCCACCCCAAUGGCAGAUUUUCUGACCUCCCCAAACUUUAUCAAAUGUACAGCUUUGGCCCUCCUCUCACUCCCUUUUCUCUUAUUUACCCACCAUUUCUUCUUCUUCUCCUCCACCACCACAACAACCACAUUCUCCAUUCCCCUUCAUUCUCCACCGCAUGUCUCACUGCCUCCUCUGCCGCGGCCUCCACCGCCUUCGAGGCAGAAUCCGCUGCCUCAGCUGCUAAGGACUGGUAUAGUGGAUGAAACCGGGGCAAUGUCGUGGAAUUUUGAAGUUGAAGACUUUUAUGUAGAGGCGGAUUCAGUCGGUGAGGAGUUGGACAAUUUGACUGCAGAGGAUGAAAGUGAUGUAAAGACCAAGGUAAAAAAAGAAAAGAAGAAGGGUAGUGUUGGGAAAUAUCAAGUGUGCAAAGAGAGUCUGAAAGAUUAUAUACCAUGUUGGGACAAUGAGCAGGAGAUAACGAGAGUGGAUAAAUAUGAACGCCAUUGUCCUCAAAAGGGCCUGGAGUGCCUUGUGCGGCCUCCAAAAGGGUACAAGGCUCCGAUUCCGUGGCCCCGGAGUCGAGAUCAGGUGUGGCUUAGUAAUGUGCCCAAAACCCGUCUGGUUGAAGGUAAAAGAGGACACGAUUGGAUAAAAGUAAAGAAUGAUAAGUUCAUUUUUCGGGGAGGUGAAGCACAGUUCCCAAUGGGAGCUGAUAAGUAUUUGGAACAGAUUUCACAGAUGGUUCCUGAAAUUGCAUUUGGCUGCCACACUCGAGUUGCCUUAGAUGUUGAUUGUGGAUUGGCAAGUUUUGCUGCCUAUCUGAUGCAACGCAAUGUAACAACUCUGUCAAUAGCAUUAAAUGAUCUACAUGAGAACCAAAUUCAGUUUGCAUUAGAGCGUGGUGUGCCAGCCAUGGUAGCAGUAUUUGCCAGACAGCGCUUGUUGUAUCCAAGCCAGGCUUUUGACUUGAUACAUUGCUCAAGAUGUCGAGUUAAUUGGACUCAUGAUGGUGGAAUUUUACUUCUUGAGGCCAACAGGAUGCUUAGGGCUGGAGGAUAUUUUGCUUGGGCAGUGGAACCUCGAGACAAAGAUGAAGAGAUUCUAGGAGAGAAAUGGAAAGAAAUGGUGGACCUUGCUACUCGGAUUUGCUGGGAACUUGUAAAGAAGGAUGGAUAUAUUGCUGUAUGGAGGAAGCCAUUAAACAAUAGUUGCUAUUUCAGCCGUUCUGCUGGAGUGCAGCCUCCAAUUUGUGAUUCUAAUAAUUAUCCAGACAAUGUUUGGUAUGUUGGAUUAAGAGCAUGCAUCACACCGUUGCCAGAGAAUAGUUAUGGAGCUAAUAUUACUACAUGGCCUGCACGUCUUCAUCAUCCACCAGACAGACUCCAAAGCAUAAAAAUGGAUGCUGACAUAUCCAGAAAGGAAAUCUAUAGGGCUGAAUCAAAAUAUUGGAAUGACAUAAUAGUCAGUUAUGUUCGUGCUUUCCGCUGGAAAGAGAUGAAACUCCGAAAUGUGAUGGACAUGAGGGCUGGACUUGGAGGGUUUGCAGCAGCUUUACAUGAUGUACAGAUUGAUUGCUGGGUUAUGAAUGUUGUACCUAUUAGUGGUUUCAACACCCUGCCUGUUUUAUACGAUCGUGGACUUAUUGGUGUUAUGCAUGACUGGUGUGAGCCAUUUGAUACUUACCCCAGAACAUAUGACCUAUUGCAUGCAGCAGGUCUCUUUACUGUUGAGCAGAACAGGAAUAAAUGUAAUAUUUCAGUUAUCAUGCUUGAGAUGGAUCGGAUGCUGCGACCUGGUGGACAUGUUUAUAUAAGAGACUUGGAAUCUGUUAUUCUUGAGCUUCAAGAAAUAGCAGUUGCCAUGGGGUGGACACCAGCAGUGCAUGAAACUGGUGAAGGUCCCCAUGCGAGCUGGAAGAUUUUGAUCUGCGAGAAACGAAUGUGAUGGGAGUAAGUCGAAUAUCCUUUGCCUAGGGAUAUAGCUGCAACUGUUGCUUUGAUAACAGAUUAACAAUAUAGCUAAAUAUAUAAUAAUAUGGUAAAUGAGAAUAAACCUUGUCAAAUUCGUUGCUGUAAUUGCCUCAACUUUGUUUUGAGAGUGUAAUAAAUAGAUUGAAAUUGUAAUUGUUGGUACAGACAAUCCAAUGUGUUGAUGCGAAAAAUUGCAUCAACGAAAAGUACGCAAAAUCAGUGGUGUGAUUUUGUACAGAUAAAUGAUGGUGAUCAAAAUUUUAUUAAAGUCUCAUAUGAACUAUAGAGAAAAUAAGAAUGUUUUUAUUUAUAUGAUGAGAGGAAGGUAAAUUAAGUAAAUCAUAUUAAAGUUA